AUGUGGAGGCAACCUCAUGCCACUCUCAAAUGCAUGUGGACACCGGGUACAUCCCUAUCCCGUCGGCUAAAAAGAGGAGAAAAAUCCUAGAUGGUGUUUUUUUCUUCUUGUUUGUCCCCUUCCACUCCAAGCUCCUCUUGAAAGCCUCCUGGUCUCACAGGUCGUAGAGGAAGAAAUCAGACCGCUCCCUCUCAGCAGACCGGCAGAGUCCUCCUCUCUGCGCUCACUGAGGCUCUGUCUCAGUCCUGCCUCUCUCCAUCCUCGCUGCGUCUCAGACCGGACAGGUGACACCAAAACCAAAACCUCAACUCCGCCUUGUGAACUGCAGACCAAAGUCACGACUCCGUAAAUUGGGGGAGAUCUGAUAGGCGCAGACCACCGCUCAAAUGAGCCACUUCCUCCUUUUCUCUACUUAAAGUGUUUGUCUCCUGUUGACUCCCCGAGGCUCCGCACUCUGCUGACGCCAGCAGAGGACUGGAGAGACCGGAGAGAGAGCCGCACAUCUGGAUGAGGGCGGAGCCACCGGCCCCUCAGCCACCACGCGCCAAUAUACAGUCAGGGAGCUCCAAGCUGAGUGGCUGGUGGGCUGCUGCCUGUUGA